GUACAUUGACAAGUUUACUUGCAGUGUGAGAAACAGGAAGUGACCAAUACAUACUUAGUACGCUGACAUACGCACCAGUCCGGCCAACAGUUUUCUCAUCAGUAAGCAAAAAAAAAACAUCUUACGUGGAUUCUCUGCAAUAUUGCAUUCAUAUGUAAACAAUACCGGUUGAGAGCGUGUAAGGAGGAUGUUGUGUUCAUUGAUCACUUAAUACAUCUGUAACUCAUUGCAACAUGUGGUUGGGCUGAUGAACCGCAGAAAUAUGUUACGGCAAACAAAAAUCAAUCGCAGUUGAUCAAAGAAAGGGAGGACACUUCUAGUGAAAGACAAUCAGCAAAGCUUGUAAUUUGGGAAACAGAUUUGUAAAAAUGUUUGUGAACAGAUUUUCGUAUUUGACCAAGCAGUAGCAAUGAAUUACACACAAUUUCUUCCUCUGUUGGAAUUAACUCUAUCAGAAACAGUUGAACAGAAGACAAGACUUCGAAAAAACGUCAAGCAUGUUAACUCGGACAUAAUGGCGCGAACAAAAGCUCUACACGACGCAGUUGACAGAGCAUGUGGACUUCUCUUGAAGUGGACGGGAAGCGUGAUAUCCAAGGAAAUGAAACGACUGGACACACACGAGCAAGAUCUGUUGAACAUUAUAAAUCGGGUGACAGAAGAGAUUGAUGAGGAAGACAGUCUGAAGAAAAAACAGAACACCAUUCACGGGAAAGACGGUGUUCUCCCAGAAAUACACCGACUGACUGAAUUUCAAUAUGUUUCUUUGAAUUUCACAGUUGGUCAAACCCUAAGUGACGAAUUCAUGAAAGAAUUAUGCGGGUCUACACAAAUAUAUCAAAUAACACCCCCGUCUUCCAUUUUAAAAAAUCGCCGGAAUACAGUGCCAAACAUUAGACUCUCAUUGGUAGCAGAAUUUCAGUGUCAUGGUCCGUGUCCAUCUGCCAAUGUCCACGCAAUCGCUCCAAUAUCGGACACAGAAGCCUGGGUGUGCUGUGGGUGGGGCAACAAGGAAAUCGACCUUUACAGUACUAGUGGCGACAAAAAAGUCAAUGUUAAACUUGAUAUUAACGUCAACCACGUCGUUUUGACAAAAACUGGCGAUCUUCUGGUCUCAAGCUAUAAUGGACAAACCAUCAAGAAAGUGGAUCAAAGCCUAAAGGUCUCAACUUUUGCUGACCUUACCUUUUUUUCUCGUGGAAUGACCUUGGCUGAAAAUGAUUGUGUGUAUAUUUGUGGAACAGAAAGAAACGGAAGUUCCGGGCCGUCAACGAAGGAUAAUCGUCGGAAUAUAAUCGCAAAAUAUUCCUUGGAUGGGACGCUUAUUUCCGAAUUGACAAUUUCCCCACAUGAUGCACACCGAAUAACUUUGACAAGUGACAACAAUAUCUGCUUUUCAGAUUACGAAAACAGCAACAAACGCCAGAUAGUACUAAUGGAUGAAAACGGCCAGGAGUUGUGCAAAUACGGAGGACCAACGCAGCAUGAGCAGGAAAGUCCAUUUUACCCCCUUGAUUUAACAUGUGAUCACUAUGGACAUAUCAUAGUGUCAGACUGGAACAACGAUUGUGUACACUUACUGAACAAAAACACAGGCUUUUUACAAUUUCUUGUAGAACAAGGCGAAGGCAUUCAAAAUCCCAGUGCAAUAGCCAUUGACAGAGAGGGGCGAUUGUGGGUGGGAAAUGCUACUGGUCUUAUAAGAGUUUACAAUUACUUCAGCUGGUAGUGUGGCUCUGGUGUUGUUUAAGGAAUGACAGACAUGACACGUAGGCAUACUAGCGCUUCGAUCAAGAAAAAUAUGCCUACAUGCAAGUUUGUGUAAUUUACGCACCAAUAACGUUCACAAAGCUAAAAACCAUUCCUUAUAUUUACGUUUUAAUGCUUUAAAAUCAACAAAACUACAUUCAAUA